GGUCUCAAGCUCUAUUUUAAUAACAAGUAAUUAGUGGAAAUUUCAACAUUUAAUCUCCUAUAAACUCAGUUGAUCAGAUGGGGAAACAAUACCAAGAAAAUAAAGAAAAAUGGCUAAUUUCAUUGCAGAUACGAAGAACAAGAUUCAAGAUCUGUUCGUAUACCUCGUUUCAUGUGGAAAAUCAUCUAAAGACCAAGGGCCAGCAAAAGAUGCAGCAGAAAACUACCAGGAUAAUGGUGGACUGAUAAUAAUAGAUGAAGCAGGAAAUGCACCAAUAACACCAAUUACAGGUGAACAAGGAAAUAAUGCAGAGGAAGAGCAGCAAGAUUUUGCAAUAUUCCCACCUGGAGAUCCAAGAAACAAUAUAAUAUAUGAUGAACCAGAAAAUAAUAAUAAUGAUGAACCAGCUGCAGGAAAUGAACAAUAUAAUGUGCCGCCUGUAUACCCUGAAGGUAAAGCAAAUGUUCCUAGAGCUCCGGCCAGACGAGCGCCUCCUGGCGGUGGAACUGGUUGAAAUAAUACAGUCAGACCUCUCUGUAACAUCAUCCUUAUAUAAAACUCUAAUUUUCUCGGAAUUAAUUUUUUAUGUUAUGUUAUAAUAUAUGUUCUCUGUAACAGCACUUUACUAUAGCAUCCAAAAAAUAUUGGAACAAACGCGACUGUUAUAGAGAGAUUUGACUGUAUUACUCCCUCAGUCUAAUUAUAUGAUACUCUUUUCUUUUUUAAUCAGUUCAAAAAAAAAAGAAUGAUAUCUUUCUAUAUUAAGUAAUAAUUUAGCUUUAAAUUUUUUUUUACUCUUAAUGAAAUGAUUUUAGCCACAUAAAUUUCUAUUAUUUAUUAAUUUAGACCAUAAAUUUUAAAAGUUUUCCUUUAUUUUUCAAACAUCGCACCAAGUCAAAUACUUCCACAUAAAUUGAGAUGGAAGGAGUACAAACCUCGGAGUUGUUCAUUUGAAGAAUCCUGCAUAUGGGGAUGAGUACUUUUCAUUUUUUUUACUUUGUGUUUGCUAUUGUUAGUUCAUCCUUCUGCUUUAUUUGUGAUGUUAAUAGCUCAUGAACUUUCAGAUUAUUGGUGAUGAUUUAAUUUCA